AUGGACAUCAUGUUAAGAAAGAGCCAAAAAAAAACCGAUGCUCGUAAAGAGAAUAUGCCCGAUAAUGAUGGCACAUAUAUGGGUCUCCCGCAAGUCGAACUUGAUUUGCUUGAACGUGUGAAACAGGAGAUAAUUGAGUUGUCAGGGACAAAUGUUGCGGCAUUUGACGAAUUAGUAAAAUCUUACCGGACUAAAACUGGAUUUAUUCAACUUUUACUAGCAAAAGUAGCUCAACUAGAGGCACAAUUAGAAAUGUUAGGACGACCAGCACCAAAAAGACGGAGAACAACCAAUACCACCUCUUCGUCAAAUGGUUUAAUUUCCAAGGAGGACAUCGAAUAUGUUUUGGAUGCCGAACAGGAGUCCAUUCAAAGAAUAGAUAAAGCCAACAAAAGAAUGGCUCAAAUCUUAAAGGAAAACCCAUCUUUGGAAACUGAAGUUGCUAGACACUCCUAA